AUGCCUGGCUGUUUUAAAAAGACUUUAUUUGCCUUGGCUUCUCUAAUAAGUUUUGUGUCUUUUGUCUUGAUUGUUGUUGCAAUGGGAACCCCAAAGUGGAUGACUGGAAAGAUCCUUUGCAAAACAGGAGCUGAUUUGGUCAAUGCCACAGAUCCAGAGCUGGUCAAGUUCAUUGGAGAAAUUUACUACGGACUCUUCCGGGGCGGCAAAAUCCGCCAGUGCGGGUUGGGCGGGCGGCGUUCCAAAUUCACAGUUUUCCCACACAUGAUGAAAAAGCUGAAUACAGGCCUGCACGUGAUGAUUAUAAUGUUCCUCUGUGUGGCCAUUUUAUUUUCUCUGGUCAGUUUUGGAUUCUGCAUCCUUAACACAAUAAAAGUUCCUUACCGGGCUAUUAAAGGUCCAGCAGGAGUAUGCCUUUGGAACUUCCUUGCAGGUGGAUUUAUAGUACUUGCAGUCACCAGCUUUAUGGCUGCUGUGAAACUUCAUCACCUCACAGAAAGAAUUGCCAAUUUUCGGGAAAACGUCUUUCAAUUUGUUAUCUUAGAAGAACAGUUUGAAUACUGUUUUUGGCUUUGUGUGGCAAGUGCUACAGCACAUGCAGUAAAUUUGCUGCUAAUAGCCAUUAGUGGGAUUAAUUUCCCUAAAAUUAAGACUAAAACAGAAGAAGCAAAUGUUACAGCAGAAGAUAUCAUGUACUAA